AUGAGGAAGGCCGUCCUGGUCGCCUCCACAUGGAGCCUGGCACCGGGCCUCCAGGUCACCACCCAGGACCCAGGCGAGAUCCUGCAGGCCAGCAUCCGCAGGCUCGAGAACAUGUGGCCCCACGUCGACGGCAGGCGCAUGCUGGAGGACAUCUUCGGCACGAUCCCGAGCCACGACGAGGGCGGCGCCCUGCAGGCGAGGCUGCUGCAGAAGCUCCACGCCCACAAGACCUUCGUUUUCGCGACCUUCGGCUCGUCGGUGUCUGCCGGCCACGACAACAUCCGAAGAAGAAAAGCUGGCCCUUCGAGCUCGAGCGCCUCCUGA